CACUUUGCAAUUUCACCAUGCUGGCCCGCAACGUUUCCGUCGCCGCCAAGAAGGCGCUCUUCGCCCGCGGCUUCGCCGCCCAUGCGUCCAUCGACGAGUCGCAGCUCAAUGGCAUUAGCUUCAAGCUCACGGAUACGCAGAAGGAGUUCCAGCUCCUUGCGCGCAAGUUUGCCCGCGAAGAGAUGAUCCCGAAGGAGAAGCACUACGACCAGACGAUGGAGUACCCCAAGGAAAUCUUCGACAAGGCGUGGGAACUUGGCUUGGUCAACGGCCAUAUCCCGGAGAAGUAUGGUGGCAUGGGCCUCGGCUCGCUCGACGGCUGCAUCAUUGGCGAGGAGCUUGCGUACGGCUGCACGGGCAUGAUGACCGCGAUCGAGGCCAACCACUUGGCCUUGGCGCCCGUGCUCGUCGCGGGUAACGACGCCCAGUGCGCCAAGUACUUUGGCCGCCUCACGGAAGCGCCGCGCCAGGCCGCGUACUGCGUGACGGAGCCGGGUGCUGGCUCGGACGUUGCCGCCGCCAAGACGACGGCCGUCAAGAAGGGCAACAGCUGGGUCAUCAACGGCUCCAAGAUGUGGAUUACGAACGGCGGCGUCGCGGACUGGUACUUUGUCCUUGCCAAGACGGACUCGACGGCGUCGGCCGGCUCGGCCUUCACGGGCUUUGUCGUCGAUGCCAACACGCCCGGUAUCACCCGCGGCCGCAAGGAGAUCAACCUCGGCCAGCGCUGCUCGGACACGCGUGGCAUCACGUUCGAGGAUGUCGUCGUUCCGGAGGAGAACGUUCUUGGCUCGCCCGGUUACGGCUUCAAGAUCGCCAUGCAGGCGUUCGACCACACCCGCCCCCCGGUCGCCAUCGGCGCGGUCGGUCUUGCUCGCCGUGCAAUGGAGGAGGCCAAGAAGUACGCGCUCGAGCGCAAGACGAUGGGCCAGCCCAUCGCGAUGCACCAGAGCAUCAUGUUCAUGCUUGCCGACAUGGCCACCAACAUCGAGGCUGCGCGUCUGCUGACGUACAAGGCGGCGUACGAGAUCGACUGUGGCCGCAAGAACACCAUGUACGCGUCCAUGGCCAAGCGCUUUGCCGGCGACAUGGCCAACCAGGUUGCGGCUGACGCGGUCCAGAUCUUUGGUGGCGCGGGCUUCAACACCGAGUACCCGGUCGAGAAGCUCAUGCGUGACGCCAAGAUUUACCAGAUCUACGGCGGGCCGUCCCAGAUCCAGCGUAUCGUCAUUGGGAAAGAGAUGCUCAAGCGCGAGACCCUCGACCCGUGA